AUGUACACUGCUAAACUCAUGAAAACUACUCUCAUUUGUUCGGCCAUUCUAGUGUUUACCUCGGGGGCCAUAGCCUUUAUUUACUGUCACAAAGGCUUUGUGCCGGUCAAGCGGCAAACCAAUUUAGAUAUAUUCGAAUUAGAUUGUAGUAGCAAUAGUAGUAGCACUUCUCUCAGCACUCAUACAAGCUUAUCACUCACUCCAUCCACAACUUCCUCCACCCCCCGCUCAACCACACCUUUUAAUGAAACCGAAGAGAUAGUGGACCCUACGAAUGAUUCAACCGAAAACACACUGCCUAAUGAUUCAGCCGAUCCUAGUUGUUCGCCUAUAGCCCCAGUUUCCGACGCAAUAUUAACCCAGCACUCUAGCGAGCCCGCACCGCCUAGCCCCGCUCCAAUACUAACUCGGAUAGCCAAUAGAUUCGCUAGUGUCUACAACUUGGUCUUUGGCUCGCAGCAGAGUCCUUCCUCGCGCCAACACACAAAUAUGUAUACCAAUUAUCUUAAGACUGCGUCUAAAAGCCACGAAGAAGCCUGCCGUUUAUUCCUAGAAAUUCAUCGCGACCUUUUCUACAACCCCAAUGCCAACUCCAAUACUAACCCAAAUCCCAAUCCAAAUCCCAAUCCAAUUCCCAACCCAGAUACCAACUCAAACACUAAUCCAAAUCCCAACUCAGAUACCAACUCAAACACCAACCCAACUCCUAACCCAAUCUACUUUCUGGUUAAAACACUUCUUAAGGCUCUAAAACCGCAAUGCUUAUUAGGCCCGGGCCAAACCACACAUAAACCAAUACUAACUCCAGAGGCAUGGAAGACCAUAGAAGGCUUGCUACACAAUGCCAACUACAACCCAGCCAGCACCCCGGCCAUAGCUCUUUUGAAGAAUAUUAUAUCCGGCUGGCAGCUAGUUGAUGCGUACGGCCAACAUGUCCAAGAGGAACUCGCUUUUUUAGACCAGCUUGUUCGCGAGCUGUUUAUCUUCACCGCUAAGUACGACAUCCAAGACUUUCAGAACAACCAACUGACCCCGGCCACCUUUGCAGUGCUCAAAACCCAAAUUCAUCGCAUUGUUAAAGGCAGUCCGCUUUUUACCUCCAAGCCAUUUCAACGCUACCAGCAAGCCUUACUGAAUAUAAGUAGCACUAAUCCGUUGAUUUUCAGUUGUGUUAUUGGACCAUACGAUAAUACAAUCAAGUAUAGUAAAGAAAACUUAGAUUGGGCUAGUAUUGAACGCAGCUUAGCAACUAAGCCCAAUCAAGCCAUCAUUAGUGUCUUAAAACAAAUAGAAGCACAAACUCCAGCCGCCGUUAAUUCCAAUCCGGACAGCCAAACCGCCCAUCCACAGGAUAAUACCGGAAACCUCCUCAGCAUGGCAUCAGCAACAACAUUGGCCAUUACAACUUUGCUAUCCCUAUCUACCACUAUCCCUUCGAGUCAAAGCCAAAGCCAAACCCAAGCAUCUGACUUCUUUGCUGUUGUUCCAAAUCAGAAUGCCACCAAUAACCUUUUUCUUCCCAAUAUUGAAUCAAUUCUAACUAUUUUGGCUUCUCAUGCUAUCUCUAUCCAACGAGACAUUGCCAAACUGUCUCCUAAAGAGGCACAAGUGGCCGAAGCAAUUCAGCACCUUCUAUCAAACACUAUUGCCCCAGCCAUCUAUAACUCCAUCCUUCUCAAGCAUGUACGCAACAGCGCCUUUCUCAAAUGCCUCUACUGCCUUGUUUUGGAUCCUUGCAAAGGCCGCGUUGACUAUCCCCCAGAUUAUAAAUGUGCUCUAUCUCAGAGAGAGCUAUGCCUGCUACUCAAGGCGAUACAAACCCAGCGAGAUGUUUUGACAGACAUUCUUAAUAGCAAGCCAAGCACAAGCCCAUCCUAUCUCACCCAACUCGUCCUUCUGGAAAAGCACGACUUCUCAGACGACCCCAGCUUAUCUCUUACUACUUGUAUGUUUCCAUAUGCCCAUGAUAUUACUGAGAAGCCACUAGAGUUCACCUUUAACCCGCCCUUGUUAUUGGCCUUGAGAUAUUCUUGGGAGUUAAUACUUUCUGAGUCCUCCAUCAAUCUCGUUGGUCUAUUUAAUCUCUAUCCUUUUAAGCGUUUCCAUGAAUUCCAAAACUAA